CACAAUCACAUUAUGUACUGCCUGGGAGUUGAAAUGGCAGGUUCCUCCUUUCUCCUUUGUUGUAUACCUCCAACAAUAAACAAUCAAUCAGCACUGGAGCCAACGUCUUCACAAAGUUGAGAGUUUAUGUAUCUAUUUGUCUACUUGUCUCUAGGUAGGCAUUCAAACCCUUUAUUUCCGCGAAAGAUAUUAAAAGUUCUUCUAAUCCUUAUAGGGAAAACCCGCUACAAUAAUGGGUAUUUAUUCAGAAUUCACCCAGUUCAUGCUGUGGUGGACAGAAGCAACAUACAGGAGCAGGGCCUGAAACCUCAUCAAUGAACGCUGCACUAGCAGUGGAGCGGGGCCUGAAACCUCAUCAACAUUAAAUGACAUGGAACCACCAACUGCAAUGCCACAAAGGAGGAGGAAGACUAAGGAGCCUAUUACUAUAAAUGUGAAAGCAGACACAGUUCUCUCAGUUUCAUCAUGCAUGGGGAUAAUAGAGGACUUGAUGAAGUAUAUUUUGUAUCAGCGCUGUCAGAUUCCUGUCCCCUUUGAUGCUCUGGUGCGUGAGGUAAGGAUGCAGAGCCAAGCCCACCAGGAAGAGGCUGCUGACACCCCACCACCCCAAGACAUGGUAUCCAGAAAGAAAGAGAUACUGAAACAAAAGUUACGGAGAAAGAGACAACAGUGGCUUAAUAAAGCAGAAAAGUUUCUGCAGAAUUUCAAUUCUAUAAAAGAGAGUAUAUGCAAUGAACUCAAAAGUGGUGCUGUUCAAGGGCUCAACAUAAUUCUUGGAAGCUCAGUGAUGACAGGCCGAGAGAUAUUUUUCAUCAGGCUACCUGAUAGCUUCAGUACUCAGUCUAGUACACAGCUUCCCAGGGGACAACAGACUGGAGUACAACUUUUCAGGACACUUGUUACAAAUGAGGCCCUUUUAAAAGUUAUGAAUCGCCCUUGUGGUGUUCAGCGAAUAUGGGUGAUGAUGCAGAAAUCUUGCAGUUCACAGCCUGACACCCAAACCACCACAGCAAGAGGAAAUGAUAGCCCUGCCACCAGCCUGAUUCCCCGCCCUGAGUAUUUUCAAAAUCACAGAGCAACAGUAGUGGAAAUAAAUGUUCAGCACUCAAGAUUAACUGCCUCAAUGGACCUUACUCCCACUGUGGGUUCUGGUAUUACAUUACAGUGCAAUACAUUGCAUAAGCUUGGAAUAAAAAGGUCCUUGUACCUCAACUCUCCAAGCAUACCCCAGUUUUAUUCUGGUAACCAAGAUUCAAUGCAUUCCACCUUCCAAGAGUACAAGGAAUCUGAUUCUGGAGUCAUGGCAUUAAAAGACUAUGGCAAAAAUAACAUGUUUCCUAUUAGUUUGAUCAGGAAUUCUGAGUCUGCUUAUAACAGACCCAUUUUAGAAACUCCUGUCAAAAUAUUCAAGGAAGAUAUAAUUCCAAUUGUUGAAACACCAGUACAUUCCUCUGUCUUAAAGAUGGAGUCUUUUACACCGAGUAAGCAAUUAGCAAGUCAGCUUGGAACUUUUAAUCUUUCAGACAGUCCCUCUGACACACACUGGUACCAGAUUGAUUGCAUGAUGAGUGGAUUCAGAGAUAUCUGCAUGAGAUCCUAAUAUUAGGUGUGUAAGAGGUAGAUUUUAGUAAGUAGGAGAGCAUUAUGAUGUUGCACACAAAGGUACUACAGGAAUACAUGUAAAAAAAUAGAUGAUGUUUCUAUACUUUUAAACUAUUGUUAUUAUCUAGAUUGUAGGUGUAAAUUAGACUGCAUGAAUGAAUUGUGUAAGUGCAUAAUCUGUUAGCAAAUUACUGUUGUUAUUAAUUCACUUCUGCUGCAUACUCCAACCUGGGGUGGAUCAGAGCUUAUCAUCUUGUCUAUGUAGUGAAAUGAGUGGAUUGUUGAGUGGUUGAAUGGAUGAAACAGUACUCCUCAGAUGGUUUGGACAUGUGAUAAAAAUGAAUGGAGAUGACUUUGAAGAGUGUAUAGGGGCAGGAUAGAAAGAGAGCAUAUCAGGGAAGUGGAUCAGUAGUGUACGAGUGUUGGAGAGAAAGAUAGUUGGCAGGCAGGGGAUUGAAUGUGUUGAGAGGGAGUGCCAGAACUGGGAAAAUUAGAGAUACUUAUGCUGUGGUCACCACUUUUGAGGAACGUUCUGGUGAGGGGACAAGGCAUUGGAGAUAAAGAUAGGUUAAAAUAAAGGUGGGGGCAAACACUACAGCUGUGCAUUGCAUUAGUG